AUGCCAGUAACGAUCGCUCUUCAAUCGAACCCGAACGUGCUUUGACGUGAACGGCAUUAGAAAUCAUGGCUGGAUUUAAGCGUUUUCUGUUUAUUUUAGUGGUAUCAUUCACCUCGACGUCACUUGGAGCUCGAUAUUUUUGCGAUAACUACAGCGAGGAAGAUUCGUUUUGCUUGAUUACGAGCGUCACUGCCGAUAUCCAUUCCUGCAGGGUGGAAUUUCCCGAGCACACAUCCAUUCAACUGCAGUUUGCUCUCCUGGAUGAACUUUCUAGUCAGCUACUGUAUCGCAUGCAGAAUGUGGAACGAUUGGACAUCUUCAACAGUAAUAUAAAAAGUGCAUUCCUCAAACCAGAGUUGAAGUACUUCAGAGUUUCCCGCUGUCAGCUGAAUGAAAUCCAGAUCGACACUGCUGAGCCAUACCACUUAACAGAACUUCAUUUGCCUGAGAAUGAACUUGCCGCAAUACCGAAAGAUUUGAGUCAUCUUUCAAACUUGACUUUGGUAGAUUUGUCGAAUAACCAUCUUUCAUUUCUCAACAUGCAAGACUUCACCGGAUUGGAUCAGCUAACCAUUUUGGGUCUGAGUUACAAUAGCAUCAAAGCUGUGUUUUCAACAGGACUUGUUAGGAUAGCUUCGUUGAAAUUUCUGAAUCUAGCUCAUAACCAAAUCACCACGCUGGACAUCUCCCGUUGGAUCAUGCCCGAAUUGAAUGAACUGGACGUUUCGAGCAACAGCUUGGAUCGAAUUGAGAACAUUCUAGUUCAACUACCGGGAUUGAACACCGUUCGACUCGAUGGCAAUCAGUGGGAUUGCCCAUGGCGGGAUGAUGUUCUAGAGAUAGCCAGAAGUACCAACAGGACGUUCGAAUGGAUUGGCUUGGAUCCGUGUCAUGCCAAGGUGAAAAUUCAAGGAUUAGCUCAAAAGUCGAGGAACGAGCAAAAACUGAAGGAUUCGCUGGGCGAUACUAUAACGAAGAUCGCUAAAAAUGUCACCCAAAACGUGAUAAACUUUGAUGACAUCGUUGAUGAUGUUUUCUGUAGAAUCCUUGGUGGUCAAUAAAAUGUGAUUUGAAUUAAAA